CAAAAAUCCAGCCACGCUCUAUCUCCAUCCUUCACUGCUCUGUUAGAUGCUCCUUGUUGUUGUUAACAGAUUAACAAGAGUAAGAAAGGGAUUUUGUGGGUCAUCUAGUCCAGCCCCUUGCCAAGCAGGAGACCCUACACCAUUCCUGACAGAUGGCUGUACAGUUCCUUCUUGAAAGCCUCCAGUGAUGAAGCUCCCACAACGUUUGAAGGCAACUUCCAUUCCAUGGAUUUAUUGCUCUCACUGUCAGAAAAAUUCCUCCUUAUUUACAGGUUGAAUCUCUCCUUGGUCAGUUUCCAUCCAUUAUUGCUUUUCUGGCCUUCGGGUGCCUUGGAAAAUAGCUUGACCCCCUUCCUCCUCUCUGUGGCAGCCCCUCAAAUAUUGGAAGAUGCUCUCCUGUCUCCCCUGGUCCUUCUCUUCACUAGACUAGCCGUGCCCGGUUCCUGCAACCGUAUGUUUUAGUCUCCAGUCCCCUCAUCAUCCUAGUUGCUCUUCUCUGCACUUUUUCUAGAGUCUCCAAAUCUUUUUUUUUAUAGUGCGGUGACCAAAACUGGAUCUUUCAAAUCUUCCCUGAACGUGGAUUUGCACCCCUGUAUCUAGUCCAAUACUAGGGUUUAUUUGAGGCAGCAGAGAAAUCGUCUCAAUUUGCAAACGGAGACCCUGUUUGUGGCGGGAAGCCAAACUAACUGAAUAAAACGCCUUCCUGACAAAACCGGAGGCGGCAGUUGCGAUGACACUACCGUUUGAGGAGGUGACGGGGAAAACGUCCUGCGGGGUUCUCGUGUGGGGUCCUGACCGCAAUUGGUGUCGUUUUCCAGCAGCGAGUCCUAGCAGAAUCCUCUCCGAUGCCAUCGGUUCAUAGAAAUAAAAAUAUAGGAGCCCUGCAGAGGUUUACGCAGGCUAGGUUUCAUUUUGAGGACUUCCUGUCUACUGCGUUGGGAAAGUCAAGAACCACAAAGGGUGUCAUUUAAAGCUUUGAAGCAAUCCAGCUUCCUCCUUACUUGUUCCCCCCCCCCCCACACACACACAAAAAACCAGAUUACGGAAGGAAGUUCUAAAACACCCCCAACGUUGCACUUCGUGCAAGAACGCAGACAUACCUAAAGCCUCCAUCAGCCUUGGAUGGAGAAGAAGACAUCACGUCAAGCCACAGCAUGGAUGAAGAAGAUGGGCUUGAAGCGAUGGAGGAAUUCGUAUCCGGGCCCUUGGUCACCUGGAUGCAGACUCUGGAGGAUCUGGUGGGCAGGAGCCCCGACGAACUUCCCCAGGGAGAGGAAGAGGCGAACGAAUAUUUCCGAAAACUGGUUAACGGAGACUUCCUGCAUCAGAUCAUGCAAAUGAUCGACCUGAUUCCUAGAGGACCUCCAUUCCCUUGGAGAGAUGACAACAGGGAGGAAGAGGGAUUGCAUAUGCUUCAAAUAGUCCUCCAAAGGCUGCAGAAUUUCUACAGGGAUGAGCUCCAUCAGGUGAUCCUUUCCCCACCUCCAAAUCUUCAUGUGAUGGUCAGAGAGCCCUUCACAGCGCAGGCCGUUCAGGAGAUGAAGAAAUUGGUGCAGCUCUUGUUGGGAAGUGCCGUCCAGUGUGAACAGCGAGAUGUGUUCAUUGGCCGAAUCCAAUCGCUGGAAAUCAGUGUGCAAGCUGCUUUGGCUUCUGCCAUCAAAGAGGUCAGCCAGGAACCGGAAAAUGUCCUGGGGUUGCAAUGGAGAGAGAUGGACUCAUCCAGCUUGCAACAGCUCCUGUGGGACCUUGGGGCCCGAGUUCAAAAGCUGGUCGCUGAGCGAGAUGCAGGAUUGGAGCAAUUGUGGGAGCUGCAGCAGAAACAGGGACCCCCCUUGGUGGCCCAGCUGGAGAGUAACCAGUCCCACCUUGGGGUUCAGCUUGCCGAACGUCAAGCCCAUGUGCGGCGUCUACAAGGCGAGCUGGAGAGGAAGAUGGAGGAACUGCUGGACCAACAAGAGGAAAUCGGACAUUUGGAGCAGCAGCUUCGAAAGAUUCAACAAGAGAACCGCACAUUGGCAGGCGAGGCGCGCCAAGCCAAGUUAUACCAGGACGAAUUGGACGCCUUGAGAGAGAAGGCGUUCCGGGCGGAGCGGCUUCAGUCGGAGCUGACGGCCCUGCGGGAAAGGAUACCAGCUUUGGAACGAUGCCGGGCGCAGCUCAAGGAAGAGCGUGACUUCUCCAAGGCCCUGUUGGAGGCAAAAGCCAUGAUGGAGGAAGAAUUAGAUGCCGUUUACGCCCGAGGCCAACGCCUGAGUCAGACGGAGAAAGAAAACCUGCGUCUGCAAAACCACUUGAAUCAGAUCCAAGAGGAAAGGGAUCAGCUCUCUUACCGAUCGGAGGAACUUUUGAGAGAGAAUUUGCUCCUGAAAAAGCAGCUGCAAGAAACUUUGAAGAAUUCCCCGAGGGAAUCGUGGUCUGAAUAUUCUCACCUGGAUGCAAAUGAAUUCCCCGAAGUGCCCCUUUUGCUGGACUGCGAGAUGAAGGAGGCCAAUCGAAUGCCGGUCCUAGAAAAGGAGAACCGGGAACGGCGUGGGAUGCAGCUUUUGUUGGGAUCAAAGAAUAUGGAAGCAGAGCUGAAGGACGCCAACCUUGAUGGGCUGCCGGAAGGGCGGCCCAGCGAGGCAGAAGAGGAGAACUCAGAUGUCCAAGAACACAAACCAGGGAUUUUGGCACACCGAAAGACCGAAACGGUGGAAGGCCAGGCUCCGAAACAGGAAUCGGAGACCUCGGUGACCGAAAUGAAGGCCGCCUUGUCCAGUGCUCAGGCUCGACUGCGGGAGGCCGAGCAGGCGUGGGAGGCCGAAUCGAGACACGCCGCGAGCCUCGAGGAGACGCUGAGGAGCAUCCAAGGGGUGUACGGAGAAGCCCAGGAGGAAUGUGAGCGGUGGCGCUCGGACACGGAGCGCCUGGUGGAAGAGAUCCAGGCGCUACAGCGGGAGACGGAGACCUUAAAAGCCGGAUCGCGGGCUUUGCAAGAGGCGGCCACCCAAGCGGAGGUCGACUUAAACCAGGCGCAGCAAAAUCUUCAGAAGGAAUGUCUCCGGGGCGCCCAGCUAGCCCAGAAACUCCAAAGAAAAGAAGAAGAUUUGGGCGAAGCUCAACAGGAGCUCGAGAACCUGCAACGGAGCGUCGAACAACACAGGGUCACCUUGGCUCAGCUGGAGGUUGAGAAAGGGGCUUUGGAAGAGGCACUGAGCCAAGCAGAGAGCACCCGGCGGCAAGCGGACAAAGAUGGCCGACGGCUGAAGGCCAAAACACAGGCGCAGGAGGAGGCGCUGGCUGAGCAGGGACGCCACCUGGCCCUCCUGGAAGCUCAAACGCGCCGGCAGGCGGCAGAGCUCACCAGCCUGCAAGAGGUUCUCCAAAGCCUCAGGGAGCUGGAAGAGGAGAACGCGAACUUGAGAAAGCAACUGGAGGACAAGGAGAACGCAGCCGCCAUGCUGGAACAGGAGCUGGCGAGAGAAAAGGCCGGGCCCUCCAAAGACAAUGCAGCUGAGUCACAAGACCACCCACCAAAGGAGCAGCGAAAUCCUGAGCCAGAGACCGACAGCAGCCAAGCAAAGGCAAGGAACGGUUGCAAAGGCCGGCCUGGGAGCGCCCUCGUCGGGCAGUUCGAGGAACUGCACCUCCCCAAGGAGCCCCAGGUUCAAACUCAGGAGGCGGUUCUCCAAGCUGAGAAUUCGGCGCUCACCGGACGCCUGACCCAACUGGAGUCCCUGGCCAGCAGCCUCGAGAUGGUGCUGUCGGGCCUGACACGGCAGAAGGCAGAAGGCCAGGAAGGAAACGGGAAACCCCAGCCUCAAAACAGCACCUCGCAGCGCUCUCUCCUGGUGAGGCAGCUGUCCGAUGUCCGGCAGAGGUCGGGACGCCACGAAGCCGAAAUUCAGACGGUCCGGCUGGAGGCCGAGGGAUGGCGGAGACGCUACGAGCAGCUCCGGCUGGAUCACGAUCGCUUGAUGCUCCUACACCGACAGCAGGGGGACGAGCUGGAGAGGACGUUAAGCGAGCAAGCCGGCCUGAAGGCAGCGCUGCGCGGCCUGGAGAAGGAACAGCGGGAACUGGAGGGCAGGCACAACCAACUGUUGGGACAGAAGACCAGCCUGGAGCUACAAGAGGUGGCAUUGCAGGCCCAGAAGGAACGGCUCGAGCUAGCCGAGCAACGGCACCAGGAUUUGGCUGAGCAAUACGGCAACUUAAAAGAAGAACAUGAGCGGGUCCAACAAGCGUUGGUCCAGAGCGAACGAGCCCACGAUGACUUCCAGGGUGAGCUUCAAGGAACGCAGAACCGGCUGACCGGCCUGCAGUUGGAACAGGCGAAGCUGGAAGCCGAAAACGCUACCUUAAAAGAGCAGAACCAGCAGCUGGACACGGCCUUGGGGCGCCUGACUACCCAAUGCGAGCUCCUGGUCCAGUUGAAGGGCAAGCAGGAGGAAGAGAACCGACAUCUUCUUCUGGAGAUCCAGCUGUUGAGCAGGGAGAACAGGCAGCUGUUAGAGCGCAGCAUGGAAAACCGAGAACAUUUUCAGGAGGAGCAACGUCAGUACCAAGACAAAUUAGGCGAAUUGCGUCGAGAGAAGCAGAAACUGGUUGAGAAAAUCAUGGACCAAUACCGAGUGUUGGAACCCGCAAUCCCCCGUGGCAAGAAGAGUAACUGGAUUGCUGGGAAGAUAAGGAGACUGAUGAAACUUCGACGGGAACAGCAGCCGCGUCCCAUGGCGGAGGGAGCCGGCAGCAGCAGCAGCGAGAGCCUGGCCGGGCCCGAGGACCAUGGGCUUGAGAGUAGAGUUUCUAGCACGCCCAGCUCACCGUCUCUUCUCCGCAAAGCAAGCAGCAACGCCAGCCUCCCACAGAGCCCGCCAGUCCACUUCCGCCGUUGCCGCCUGAGUUCCCGCAUGCCGGUAACAGAACCUUCGGGAUCCGGGGACGAAGACGGCCACGACAAUCCCAGACAGCGUUUUCGGCAACGCCGAGUGGGCGUGUUGUGGGGAUCCCUGGAAGACCCUGGGGUUCCUGAGGGAGAGUCAGAACCCCCAAGCCAAUUGUCCACAACCAGCGAGGAGAAAAGAGGACGGCCGCCGGGCGAGGAGGAUCAAACUUCAAACUGCCUCUUGUGACGCACAAACUAGGUCCCGUUUCCUGAAAGAUAUGCGACAACCCUGCGCGAAAACGACAAGGCCUUCCAGUCUGGGCCGGUGGGCACGAGUUGCUGGAAUCUACUGGAUCCUUUUUACUCUUGCAACCAAACAAACAAACAAACCCCCUGUGGACUUUCAACCCCGUUCUUUCUGGGUUUCCUUCUUGUGGCAAGGAGUUUCAAAGGCUGCUAAUCAACCGGCUUUUUUGUGUGUGUGUGUGUGGUCAGUGCAAAUCUUGCCUAUGGCAAGACGGGAGAGGGGGGGGACCCACAAUUGAAUGUAAAUACAUAAAUCAUGAAUAAAUAAAAUGUUAUGGUAA